AUGAACUAUAGCAUACCUGAUACCUACAUCAAGCCCGAAAUCAAGAGGUACCACACAAGGGAUCGGACUAUGGGGAACGACGUGGAUGGAAUGAAAGAUUGGAAAAAGAGUCUGGCCGCGAUGAAGCCGUUCUCUUGCGAUGAAGUGAGCAAACAAGCAACCCACUAUGGCCUGCGGGAUUUCGAUACACCACGUGAUGGAGGACAAGAAUCAGGACCAGCGAGUACACCACCACGAGAUGGCAGCACUGAUAAUCUAGCUGGCGCAAUUCAACCGUCCAAUACCUCACCACCGCAA